CUCUCUCCACCACCUCUCACCAUAUGAUUUAAUUAAGCUUUAAAGCAAUCCCAUCCCACUUUCUCUCUCUCUCUCCUCUUCAUUCCGGCUAUAUAUAUCAUAGUCCGGUCCUCAUCAUCAAUCUCUAAACCCAAUAUCUUCUUCUUCUUCUUCAGCUACAAGUGGUGGCGCCACCGCCGUCGCCAAUUCGACCACAAACCCACCUUAGUAUCAUCUUCGUUUCUUAAAAGGGAGAGAAGCAAAAGUGAGGUGGGGUUGCAUCCAUCAGGCAGGCAAGGUUUUGUUCAAUCGUCGAUUACCAUUUAUAUAUAAAUAAAGAUAUAUCAUGAGUGAGAGGAACGGACCUAAGCUGGAGCUGAAGCUGAAUUUGUCACCGCCGAGGCGCCAUCCGGCUUCGCCGAGCCGAUCGGUGACGGUGUCGCCGCCGAGCUCGUGCGUGUCGAUGGAGCUGCAAGAGGAGAGGUACUCGUCGAGCCCGGAGACAACGUCGUCCAUGAUGCUGGUGGGGUGUCCCAGGUGCUUCAUGUACGUCAUGCUCUCCGAAGAGGAUCCCAGGUGCCCCAAGUGCAAAAGCACCGUCCUGCUAGACGUCAUCCCCGACGCCGCGCCGCCGCCGCCGCCCGCCGCCGCCGCUCCCACUGCCCGCAAGACAAGAAAGCGCUAGACAGACCCAAGCAGAAUCCUCUACCAACAAAUUUCUAGUAAUAUAUAUAUAUAUAUAUAUAUGUAUGUAAGUGGCACUAUUGGAGCUCCAUUUUUAAACCAGCAUUCGGACAAUCCAAAAAGAAGAAGAGUGGAGCCUCAAUAGUGCUACCUUCUUCUUCUUCUUCUUAUUAUUAUUAUUUUUCUUUCGACUUUUCUAAGCAAGUUAAGCUAAGCAUAGGAAUUGGAUCUGGUCUGGUCUGGUCUGGUAUAGCUGCAGGCAGCGAUGUCGGCGGGUGCAGAUUUGUGCUUUCUUUAGCAGAAAAUCAACUAUGUUCUAUCCUCCCUCCCUCCCUGUGCCCCCAAAUUUUCUACUAAGAUAUAAAUCUCCUGUCCCUGGCCCCGGCCCCCUUAAUUAGCUGAUAAUACGAUUUGAAUUUCUUGAAUUCAAUUCCAUCUUGCAACGCAACUUCCACAGCAGCCUCCACAAAAUCGAACAUUCCUUGUCAACGCAGAAGAAGGAAUUGAAGAGCAAAAUCCAUUAGCUAAUAAAAAUAUCACAAGAUUUCCAUUCGAGGUUUGACAGGAAAUAUGGGCAAGUCCUGGCCUGGUGGACACAAAUUAAU